GAAAAAGCUUAAUAAACCUUCUGAUGUACCGCACUAGUCCCAAGUGGACCGUUAAUGCUGCUACAUACGGUAGCGUGUGAAAUUCUAUUUAAAAUCAACCAUUUGAAUGCUAUUUAUUCCAGUUGAUUAAACAUGGGACGUUGACGCAUGUAAUGCAUAGACUAUAUAGCCUAAUCAGUCGUCGAUAGGCUACAAUGUUCUACAAGUUCUAUUUUCUAUAUAUGUUCUAUUUUAAAUAGGGCUUCAAUUAGGCCUAUACUACGUACAUUAAAAUUUCAAUUUCCUAUAUUGCUGGCUAACAAACUAAUCACUGUUCUAAGACGCCUAAAAGAAUAUUGAAGGUCUACACCAACUAAAAGCAAAUUCUGUACUUAGGCGUAGUCAUUUGAUACUUAUUCGACUACAUUAUUGCCUCCCAUGAAGACAAACGAAAAGUCGCAAAAGGCAGAAAGAGCAGUUUCCAGUUGCCCCUGCUAAGCAGCGUUGAAAAAUAGCUGGACCAGAAGACUAGAAUGUCGCAAAGUGAAACCGUGGUGGUUGUAACAGGGUUUGGUCCUUUCAGGCAAUACCUGAUUAAUCCCAGCUGGCAAGCGGCUCAGGGCCUUAAGAUGUUGGGACUGGGAGAAGGUGUGGAAGUUUACAUUAGAGAACUGCCAGUGAGCUAUGCUAAAGCCCAGGAGCUUGUAUCCAGCAUUUGGGAGACGGUAAAGCCAAAGUUGGCCGUCCACCUUGGAAUUGCACCGGGGUCCAAAGCCGUCACACUCGAACAGAGCGGGAAGAACUAUGGCUACAAGGACAGAGACGUGUGUGGCUGCUGUCCCCAUGGAAACGUCUGUGUGGAGGGAGGCCCAGACAAACUGGACUCCGUCAUAGACAUGAAGUUCCUCACCAGACGCCUGAAGGGCAUGGGGCUGGAUGUUAUUUAUUCAAGGGACGCAGGGAGGUACCUCUGCGACUUUGUCUACUACUACUCGCUGCACAUUGGAAAGGGAAAGGCAGUAUUCAUUCACGUGCUAGCAUCGGGUAGCCUAGCUACCCCAGACAGGCUCGUGCCGCUGCUGCGCACAGUCAUCAUAACGAUGCUACGUCAGCUGGAGGCCUCCGCGCAUCCUGACCAUGACCAGCUGCACAUGGAGCUUCUUAAUGCAGUGUCUACAUAAAAAUAUUGAGUGAACAUGA